AUGGAGAGUGGGUCUAAUUCGCUUAGAAGGAGUUAUGGUUCUUCCGGAAAGAGAAGGUCAAAGCGCAUGUCAGGGAGCAGUGGAAAUAAUGCAGUCACUGAAGACCUGAUCUACCAAUAUGCGUUGCGAGUUGCGUACUUAACUUCUUUGACGCAGCCUAAAGCGGUUCCUUCAGCACCAGAGUCGAAUGUUGAUCCUAAUUACAAAAGAUACUCAGCUAGCAAAGAAAAAACAAGUCACUUGGAUCAAUUACAUAGUUCUGUAACUCAUGGUCUAUAUCAGCUAGGAGAAUUUCUUAAGGAAGAAAGAAAAGGUCGUCAGAGAAUUCCCAAAGAGUUAAUUAAGGCUUUACAGACAAGACUAAAGAAUAUAAUUGACGGGCGUGACCCCAAUCCAGUUUUUCAGGAUCCAUAUUUAAAGACGGAGAUUAGCUUGUUCUAUGAUGCCCUUUCGCGACCUGCAUUUCAGAAACAAUUAAAGUCUAAUAGUAAAAUUGAGGAUUUGGUUUUGAUUUAUCUCCAGACUGCUCAGAUAGAGCUCAAAAAGGCAUCCUUUGAGCCACCGGUAACAUGGCAGGACAAAUUGACUGAACACGUUGGUAUAUUUGUCGAAUUAUUGGAGGAAGCCUUGCAGUCUAGAGAAUGCGCGGGAAUUGCGAAUCCUGAAUUGAUGGCUAGACUGAAUUCGUAUAAAAAUAAAUUUGGCGCUAAAUCGAAUAAAGUGGCUAACACUAAUGUCACUAGCUCUAAUGCGGAUGAUAUGGCAAUGGUUAAAAUGGUGCAAGCAAUGUUCAAUGUGUCUGCCAAUCAAUUACAAAAGGACAUCAAUGCAAUAAAGAGGCAAUGCACUGAACAAGUAGGACAUUUUCUUAUGAAUAUCCGAGAGUGGGGUUUGCUUGCAGCUGUUGAAGAUCUAAGGGUUUUCAUCAACCACGUAAAUCGUGGCUCGCCAUUCACUGCGAGAAGGGAGGAUUUUGAUUCAGAUGAAGCAUAUACCAAUUGGAAAUCGGUAGAGACAAGGACCGUCUCUGACAUAAUGGCGGCUAUGUUAAAAUUUAAUCCUAAUUUAGCUCUAAGGCAGUCCAAUGAAGUUCUCCCUUCAUUAUUGUCGAGAGGCGUUGGAGGCACUUCUCCACAGAAGAGAGCAUCAUUGUUGGGUCCACGAAGACAAACAUUUACAGGUACACCGAAUACAGAUACUGUAAAGGAUGCAUUUGUGCCGCCUCCUACUCCACCUCGCCGACAAUCAGGGAAUACGUCUCAUGGCGGCGGUCAAGUUCCACCUCCUAUGCCACCUCGCCCAGGGUCGAAUUCACCGCCUUCUCAAAGCAGCCAAUACCAUCCGAUUGCGCUACGCCCACAAUCGAGGCCUUCCUCGUUUACAACACCUUCUUCUCAUUCUUCAUUCAGUUCAACGUCACAGGAUCAGCUUCAAUUCAAUCCUCAACAACAGCCGCAGUACUCAUAUUCUUCACAAACAGCAUAUCCACCGCAAACGGCAUAUUCAUCGCAACCUUCAUAUCCGCCGCAAAGUCCAUAUCAGACACAGUCUUCCUAUCAACCGCCAUAUCAAUCAUUCCCGCAAAUGCCACAGCCGCAAAUUCCACAGCCAUACAUGGAAUUCACACCAACCCCAACAUCAUCAUAUCCACCAUAUGCAUCGUCACCACUACCUCCUCAGCCACAGUCACAGUCGAAUACAGGAUAUGAUCAGUCACCAAAGUCACAAUCAAUUACUCAACCCCCAUAUCAGAGCAGAGCACUCCCACAGAUUCCCACUCAACGACAGCAGCAGGAAAAUUAUCCCCCACCUUAUCCACCUGCUCAGUAUUCUUCUUCACAAUAUUCGUAUCCCAAUCCUCAACAACCACAACAACAGACAGAGCAAUACUAUUCACAGUCUUCAUCGCAGUAUUAUCCACCGUCUCAGCCAGAAUACCCCCCAACUGAGACCUACACAGUUGAGACGACAUACUCCCAAACUCAGACAAAGUACGCAGCCGAGAAAUCAUACCCGGCCGAGGCAGCAUACCCGGCCGAAACAACAUAUACAGAUGAGACAGUAUUCUCUCCUGAGACGAAAUACUCGGUUGAGACGACAUACAUGACUGAGUCAAAUGUAGAUAUCAAUGAAAAUGUGCAAGAUGGUCCAGAACCUCCGGUAGAAGAUGAUGAAGCUGUUGAUGAGGCGCAAUCAAACAGUCUUGGUACAUUUACCUACAUCCCUCCUCAACCAAAAACCUACUACAAGUUACUUAUGACUAAAUGCAUUGACUACGAGCUCAGUAUUCGCUCGCCCGAUGACAAUUCUCUCAAACUUCUUAGCAAAAAAGUGUCCGACCUUCUCAACGAGUGCUCUCUCAGAUGGAGGAUAUCUCCCAUAUACCGAGCGCUGUUGUACCUGGACAUAGUACAGACCAAGCAUGAUAAUGAACACCCGUUGGUGGCGUUAGACCACGUUAGCGAAGGAAUGCAUUUGCUCAAGGACAUAAUGAAGAAGCGAGACAUGUCUUUGUGGACGAUAAGCGAAAAAAAAGAGCUUUUGGACGUUUAUACUCAUGUACAUCAGUCAAUGCUGCAAUAUCUUAAACAAGCAUUAGAAUAUUUGUAUAAGAUUAAAACAACGUCAUUUGAACCAGUAUUUUUAAUAUUAAACUCCAUCUACGACUUGGAGAUCUUCCGAGUAGCUAAUCCUGAUAUAUCACCCUUUUACAAUGACAUAAGAGAGACAGUAGGAAAAGCGGCAGUUACUCAGUAUACGGAACAGAGGAACAAGGUCUUUGAAGAGCAAAAAGAAAAUGAAGUUCUAGUGCUACUGACUCUCUCCCAGUGGAUACAGGAUGAAAUUGGUAAAUUACAUACGAAAUAUCCUGAGACACUCAUAGGACAAAUAAAUGUGCUUCAAUUAAUUAUUGAGAAACAGGUCCCACUCUUUACAUUGGAUAUGGAGAACUUGGCAAAUGAAAUUUUGCAAGAUGUAAAGGCGUCAGGAGAGGAGGCAAAACUAGUUGACGACAUUUUUGACUUAUAUCGAGAGGUCCUUGCUAUUAAAGUAUUAUACGAGCAACAUUGUCAAGGGGCAAGCUUGAAUUUCAGUAUUGAAGGUUGGUUCAGGCCACAUGUUCGUAAGUGGUUAGAGAUGACAGAUGCAAAGACACAAACCUGGGUACAAUCGGCAAUUAGCGUGGAUGAGUUUAAACCUAUCAGUUCAAUCGAGGCUCAUUCAUCUUCGGUAGUUGAUUUGUUCACUUCCUUCAAUCAGACCAUUGAUUUCUUGAAAAAUCUUAACUGGCCAAAUGAAUAUCAAUAUGCAAAAUUCAUGACGACUCUUUCAAAGAUAAUUUGUAAAGCAUUGGAACAGUAUUGCGUGGUCAUUGAUGAUCUGUUUGUGGCCGACAUAUUUCCAGAGGAACCGAGCGAAACAAUGGAGAAGCAAUCUAGUUGGUAUGUUCGAGCUAAGAAAUCGGUUGCAAAUAAUCAAAAGAUUACUCCAUUUGAUUUCAAGCCAGAGCUAUGUGUGAAAAUGAAUAAUAUCGAGGCAGCACGCGAGAAUCUAAACAAACUCUAUAACACAAUGGACGUCGACUACUUAGCAAACUUAAUCCAAGAUUCCGGACCUCCUGUCCCCGAAAAAAAUGAUAAACCGGAAAAUAUGAGCUAUCUCUUCACAAUAAAAAUAGUUCGUGCUGAAAAUCUUGCAGCCCUUGAUGCAAACGGGCUAAGUGACCCAUACUGUAGAUUAAAUGACGAAAAAGGUCGUCAGCUAGCAGAAACACGUGUAAUUUAUGAGACACUAAACCCACGCUGGGAUGAAGCAUUCGAUAUCUCGGUCGAAAUUGGGGAUCAAAUGCGAUGGGUCUCUGUUACUGUCUGGGAUAGAGAUCAAUUGGGAACAGACGACAUUUGUGGGAGGGCAUAUUUUAAGUUGGAUCCAGUAUAUUUUGGCGACUUUUUGCCUCACGACGUAUGGUUAGAUUUGGAACAACAAGGGAAGUUGCUGUUGAGGAUAAGCAUGGAGGGCGAGAAAGAUGAUAUUCAAUUUCACUUUGGGAAGGCUUUCAGGGUUCUGAAGAGAACAGGGGACGACAUGUCAAGGAGAAUUCUCGAUCAGAUAUUCCCAUUCUUGACCCAAUGCAUCUCUAAAAGUGUUCUCAAUAACCUAGUGAAAAAACCCUCCUUGAAAACGUUCUUCAAGGAAGAAAAGAAGAAAGAACUGACUGAUAUUGAGAUCGAGGAAGCCAUAGGACCAUUAUUUGACUAUUUUGAUGUUAACUUUGCCAUUUUGAGUAGUAGUUUAAACCAAAAUGUGAUGUUGGCUGUCAUGGGGAAGAUUUGGAAACUGAUUGAGACAAUCAUUGAGGAUCUAUUAAUCCCACCGUACUCUGACCGCCCAUCGGACAUGAAACCUUUGAGCGGGGUUGAGGUUGACGUAGUCUUUAAGUGGCUGAAGUUCCUACGAGACUACUCUAAUGCAGGUGGUAAUGGCGUCCCGGCGGAAAUUCUUGAUAAUGCCAAAUAUCAGAAACUCUUAGCUGUCCAACUCUUCUACGAUAUGGAGACUGAAGCCCUAAUGCAAGAAUAUUUACAAAAUCAAAUUGAAACUUCCCUUGCUCCGCGCAGGAGACCAUCGAAACUUGGUAAAUCUGUAUUAAAUCAGCGCAAUCUUGGUACUAUUCGUAAACGCAAGACGGAAAAGCGUAAACAGCAUCAAGAUAAUGGGGAAAUUAUAUUGAGAAUCCUGAGGAUGCGUUCUGGAACGAAAAAUUUCUUGAAACAACAAGCAGAGGAGCGGGCUAGAAAAACCCUGGCGUCUGCAACUAAGGAAUCCGCUAGUAACUAA